CUUCCGUGAAGCGGUUUAACGCGCUAAAACGAUUUUCCGGUUUGUAGGAGGGUAGCAGCAUGUCUUCCGACAGCACCAUGGCCAACGGUAACGGACGAGAGACCGUCCCGAACGGGGAACCGGUCCUUAAGCGGCGGCGGGAGAGCGACCCGCAGGAGCCCCGGAACAAAGUGACCGUCGUGCUCGGAGCGCAGUGGGGCGACGAGGGCAAAGGAAAAGUUGUGGACUUGCUCGCAAUGGAUGCGGACAUCGUGUGCAGGUGCCAGGGAGGCAACAAUGCAGGUCACACGGUGGUUGUGGACUCUGUGGAGUACGACUUCCACCUGCUGCCCAGUGGAGUGCUCAACAAGAAGGCCGUCUCCUUCAUCGGCAACGGGGUGGUGAUACACCUGCCAGGUCUGUUUGAUGAGGCUGAAAAGAACCUACAGAAAGGCAAAGGACUGCAAGGAUGGGAGGAGAGAUUAAAGAUUUCUGAUCGUGCCCACAUUGUGUUCAACUUCCAUCAAGCAGUCGAUGGAAUCCAGGAGCAGCAGCGCCAGCAACAAGAAGGGAAAAAUUUGGGAACCACUAAAAAGGGUAUCGGUCCUGCCUACUCCUCCAAAGCUGCCCGGAACGGUCUGCGAGUCUGUGACCUUGUCUCAGAUUUCAAGGUUUUUGAGGAAAAGUUCCGUAUGUUGGCAGACCACUUCCUAACCAUGUAUCCAAAGCUUAACGUUGACAUUGACGGGGAACUGAAGCAGCUGAAGGAUUACACAGAAAGACUGCGUCCCCUCGUGACUGACGGGGUGUACUUCAUGCACAAAGCUCUCAAUGGACCCAGCAAGAAAAUCCUGGUGGAGGGAGCCAAUGCUGCUCUCCUGGAUAUUGACUUUGGGACGUAUCCUUUCGUGACGUCUUCCAACUGCACUGUGGGAGGAGUGUGCACUGGUCUCGGCGUGCCUCCGUCAUACGUUGGCCGAGUGUAUGGUGUCGUCAAAGCGUACACCACCCGGGUGGGCGUUGGUGCUUUCCCCACAGAGCAGGAUAAUGAGACUGGGGACCUGUUACAGUCCAGAGGGAGAGAGAUUGGUGUGACGACGGGCAGAAGGAGACGCUGUGGUUGGCUGGACCUGAUUUUGGUCAGAUACGCCCACAUGGUCAAUGGCUUCUCUGCAAUUGCCCUGACGAAGCUGGACAUUUUGGACACGCUGCCGGAGAUUAAAGUGGGCGUGGCCUAUAAGGUUGAUGGAAAACCUCUGCCAAGUUUCCCAGCAAACAUGGACGUUUUGACGCGAGUGUCAGUGGAUUACCAGACGUUUCCCGGCUGGUGCUGCAGCACAGAGGACGCUCGGAGCUUCAAGGAUCUGCCGUCACAGGCACAAAAUUACAUUCAGUUCAUCGAGGACUUCCUGCAAGUGCCAGUGAAGUGGGUUGGAGUCGGCAAGUCCAGGGAGAGCAUGAUCAAACGGUUUUGAUCCGUCCGCGGACCUGAAGUCCUCCUCGACGACAGCUCAGAUAAUAAUUUCAGGUUUUGAUAGGAUUGACAGAGGAAUUUAAAAUGCAAACGCUUAUCCUAAAGGAAAAACUUCACCAGCAAGGCUAUUUGUGAAACGUUUAGUUGCUGCUUGUCCAUCACAUUUACAGUAAUUCUUAGAUGUCAUUUAUGCAUUCCACAUGUUGUUUUCUAUAUUUAUAAGAGCGUUCAUUUUUAAAACCUGGUGCAAAUGGAUCAACCUUUCCUUAUUCCAUUCCACAGUAAAGCACGGUUCAGUUCUGUAGCAUUUGAGGCUAAUUAACCUUAAUUGAUAUCUGUUUGUCCCAUAUAUGAAGAGCCAUGGAUUAACAGACGUAGAAGCAUUCAUUUUAAAGGGUGCCACAAUAAAGCAAAAGAUUAUUUUCAGGCUUUGUAAUGAAAUGGAUAAAUGAUUGAAAGCCAUCAUGCAAUCAGUAGAUUGUGAACUUUUUUUAUUUUACAAUUUUAAAAAACUUGAAAAACAUGAAUGCAUCUCAGUUGUUAAGUUUGUAGCUAUUUUCAUGAUUGUUGGAAUGAAUAAAGUGGUUUUUAAAUCAUCAUCAACAUAAAUCAACACUAAACAACUUGAGUUUGAAAAGAUAUUUUCUUCAUAAUAUUUGUGUAAAAGUAAAUAGAAAUCUCACGUCCACACAGAAACAUUGACUGGUGUUGUAGAAGUUUGUGUAAAUGUGAAAAAAAUGGCAAACGAGCAGUAUUGUAUUGAGUACAUUCCAUAUUUCCUACGCCAUUUCAUUCAUUUUGUCAAUAAUGUAAAAGACUCUUACUGUGUUUUACUCUUAUCAAUAAAAGGAAACUGUAACAUUUA